UCUCAAUUAAACUGCGCUGCUUUCAGUCGUCAACUAAAAGUCAACAACGAUGGUUCAACUUCAACAUUUCUCGGUUUUAAUUUUGCUACUUUUGCAAAGAACCAACUCACAGUUAGACUUCGAUGACGAAGAAACCGACGAGAGCAAAAAAAUUAUUUUGAAAACUAACAAGCUCAAUUUUCAUUGCGAUUUGCAUUUGUUGCCUCAACAAAAAAAGAUUAUGUACUUAACAACGGUACCAAGCAGUCGAAAGUAUAAGAUUUCUUUCGACUUAUACAAAUGGCCAAAAAACAAAGAAGGUUUCGUCAUUGUUCCAUACUACAUUUCACGGAAUUCACACUUUUCUAGCGAACAGAUUCAUCUAAUGAGAUAUGCAAUGGAUGCAGUUGAACAAGAAACUUGCAUUCGCUUCCGAGAGCGAAAGUAUGAGAAAGAUUUCGUGAACAUUUUUGCUGGAAAAUAUUGCAAAUCGAAUCUUGGAAGAACUGGUGGAGGGCAAGAGCUGUCAUUAAAUAAAUUGAAGUGCAUGCAGAAAGGAAUCAUUAUUCAUGAACUUUUGCAUGCACUUGGCUAUAUUCACGAGCACAAUCGUCCCGAUCGUGAUAAGUAUGUGAAGAUUUUGUGGCAGAACAUCGAUCCAAAAUGGUAUAAAGAGUUUGACAGAGUCAGCCCAACAAUGCACAACACUUACGGAACUUCAUAUGACUAUCAUUCAAUCAUGCAUUAUGGUGCAAAAGCUUCUUCAAGAAACGGCUUGGCGACUAUCGUGCCACGAGAGGAACAAUAUUUAAAUUCGAUUGGUCAAAGAGGCGGAUUGAGUGUCGGUGAUAUCCAAAGAAUUAACAACAAAUAUCAUUGCAAUGUCAAAACGCCAAAAUUCAUCAACUAUGGCUACAAACGACUUAACAGUGACAAUGACAAUGACUUUCUUAGCUAUAAGAUAUUUUAACUUUUCGGUAGAGUUCAAAAAGAUCUCAUUACGAGAAUUCUAUUAGAGGUACUCAGUUUUUUGUUGUUUUGUUAAAAAGUGAUUAACGUUUUAAAGAGGCUGACGAUUUGAAGUUAAAAAAUAGUUAAGAGUUGAAGUGUUUAAGUGAAUUUAGUGAUAUGGGAAAUAAAUCGAAAAAUGUUAAGGAAAAAAAUUGUUUUGAAACUUCGUUUUUCUUCUAUCGAAAGAUCUGAAACCAUUGACAUGACACCAGUUGAUUAUUAAAAAUGACACAUUGGGCGAUUGA